AUGAAUGUUUUUCUUUACAGGUAUUCGGUUAAAGUUGCAUUGCCACAUCCUAUUACAAUACAUGUUCGCACAUCCAAACCAGAUGUAUUCAUCAAACUACAGAUCUUAGAAAAUGAAGAAGUUAUCGUGAGCUCCACCGGGAAGGGUCAAGCUCUCAUACCGGCAAUUAACUUCUUGGGGAAUGAGAAAGACUUGAGCAGCCAGUCCAGCAAGCAAAUUCUUUCAACUCAUACUGCUUUAAAGAAAGAGCAAGAUUUAUACAUCAAGAAAAAAUCUACAGGAGGUCAGAAAUCCUAUAAAAGGCCUGGAAGUGCAAUAGUAGACACUGGUCAGCCUAUUAUGGAUGAAGAAACCAGUUAUAUACCCACUGUAGAUGAAAAUGCUAGCACACCACAGCAGGUAUACAAGUAUAUUAUACAGUGUUCGGUGUUAUAUAACAGUUGGCCUCUCACUGAAAGUCAACAGAUGUUCGUUCAAGCACUAAAAGACUUAGAGAAAAAUGAUAACAAAGGUAUGUCACUCCAAAUACUAUUCCUGCAUUUUAUAUCAUCUAUACAUAUUUAG